CCCUCUCUGCCUAGAGGACCGGAAGCAGCUUGCCGACUGGCGCUUCCCGGGCUUCUCCCCAAAAACGCUGGGCCGUCCUUUCCAGGCCUUAGGUGAGAGUUGAGGUCUCUUCGCGCUGCUAGGCCUCAGGGAAGCGAUCCUUACCCGGCGGGUCGGGAAGGGGUGGCACCACCUCACUGCAGCCCCCUCCCCGCAAAGCUCCCACCGCGUACCGGCGCACCGUUCUUCAUACACCUCCCCGCGCCACACUCUCAGGCUACGCCUUCCUUGUGCCCCACCGCGCUUUCUCGCUGCCCUCACCUCAUCCCCGCAGCUUCUCACCUGUCACUGAGCGUCGGCGCACCGCCUCUCUUCUCCCUGGCACCCCGUGGCGGCUGACCUCCGCCCCCCAAGCGGACGGCCUCCCAUCACCCCUCGCGCGCUUACCUGCCUCCAGCGCUCGCUCUCUCCUCUCAAGACCCUCGUAGUCUCGCGGAGUCCGGACUCCGUCCGAGAGCGGUGGCGCGUGGUGGGGGAAGGUGACCUGGGACCGUCUGGAGUCGGCUCUGGGAGAGGUAUUUCCAGUGUCCAUAGGAGAGUUUCACCUCCUUGAAGAUUAAAGCUUAGCAGUCCUGAAUUAUUCCCAGUCCAAAUGUCUACAAAAUUGAGAGAUUCAUCAAAACUUCUUCUACAAACUUCAGAAGACCCUGACUGCAUUCUGGUCACAAAGAUGGAAGAGCGAGGGCAGGCUCAUAAUAUGGUCUCCAGCCGCCACUGGAGCAGCUACUACAGCUCUGAGACCUACCGCCAGCGGUUCAGGCAGUUUGACUACCAGGAGUCACCUGGGCCCCGGGAGGCUCUCAGCCGUCUCCGAGAGCUUUGUUGCCAGUGGCUGAGGCCAGAGGUGCACAGCAAAGAGCAGAUCCUGGAGCUGCUGGUGCUGGAGCAGUUCCUGGCCAUGUUGCCUGCGGAGCUGCAGACCUGGUUUCAAGAGAACAGACCAGGGAGUGGAGAGGAAGCUGUGGUGAUGCUGGAGGAGCUGGAAAAGGAGCAUGAUGGGGCAGCCAAACAGAUCUGUCUUGGACAAAAAGAAGACUUGCUUGCAAAGACGCUACCAGCUUAUGAAAUCACUCCAGAGACACCACAGAGCCAGCUCAAGCCCAUGAAACAGCCGCUGUGGGCCUCGAAGAAGCUUCAGUCCUUGAGACAAAACGAUAAAGACAGCAAAACUGUAAAUGUGAAAUCAAGGCAAAAGACUUCUUCAGGCACAGAACUAUAUUACAGAGUUUCUAACUCUCCUCAAAUGAAUGCUUCCCAGAGUUUCACAUUUAGAGGAACCUGUGAACAAGAUAGAAACUUUGAAAGAAGACAGGGAAACCAUCCUCGAAAAAAACAGCACAAGUGUGGUGAAUGUGGCAAAGUAUUUAGUCAGAGUUCAGCUCUCAAUCUACAUCAGAGAAUCCACAGUGGAGAGAAACCUUAUACAUGUGAUGUGUGUGCAAAGGCUUUCAGCCGAAGUGCAAUCUUGAUUCAGCAUCGAAGAAUCCACACUGGGGAAAAACCCUUCAAAUGUCAUGAAUGUGGUAAAGCCUUCAGUCAGAGCUCGAAUCUUUUAAGACAUAGAAAAAAACAUGCUGGAGAAAAAGUCCCAUCAGUGUUGUGAAGGAAUCAAAGCAUUUACUGAGAACUUUUUCAGUGGGGGAGGAGAAGACACAAGGCACCAAUACCCCUUUAGUAUAAAUCAGUAGUUUCAAUGGGCACCAGUUUCCCUGCAAAGGUUAUAAAAGAAACAGUAGAAAAUGUGAAUAUUUUCAGUCAGUGUUGUUUGCUUUUCUGGUUUUCAAUACAGUGUCAAUUCACAUGUUUGAGAUUCUAAAGCUUAAAUCAGAUAUCCAUCUCUAGUGUAGCACUUGAAAAGAUACUCUCAGGAGUUCCCGUUGGGGCUCAGUGGGUUAAGAACCUGACAUAGUG